CCCAGCUCUGAGCCAGGGGGAGGGGAGAGACACGGGAGGGAUGGAGAGAGGCUGCUGCCUAAGAACAUCCUACUGCACAGCACGAACCCGCUGAGAGGAUCCCACAGCAAAAGCUUACGGCUGUAAGUACCGAAUAACUCCCCUCGUGUUGCCAGCAAGGUCCGUACAGCUCCCACCGCUCACCAAGCUGUUGGAGCUCACAUCUCAUUGAAGAGCAAACCUCCUGCUUGUCACAUCUCACUGCAGAGCCAGGAUCAUACGGUCACACAACACUGAUGAUGAGAGUUACUUCAGGCAGCAACAUACAGCAGAUAUAAAGCAGAGAAGACGUCGCCACGCAGCAGAAAUCUAACCGAGGUCCCACAGCAGGGAUACCGCUUAUCUCUAAUCAAACCAUGAAGCGAAUGUCCCAAAGACCCGGUCCUGCAACAGAGCAAACACCUAAGAGCAGCACCAGUGGUCCUGAAGCAAAACAACUGUCCCAGAGCUGAGACCCAACACUCACUGAAUAACCUACAGCACAAUAAUCUCGCAGAGCAGAGACCCUAAACACUGAUAAUAAGCAUUUGUGAUAGCCCACAGAGAAAAUGCUCUAAUAAUCAGAGGCCCAUCGCCUAGUUACAGCAGCAUUGUCACCCUUCAUCUCCAGCAGCAACUCAUAGCACAGAAGCUCCUCAACCAAAAGGUCAUAAAUACCAAGGCACAUUACCUAAAGUUCAGGCACCACGACCCAAAAAAAUUAAGAGCACAGGUGGUAUACAACCUAUAUAUUCUAUAAUCCAGAUAAGGGAUUUACCAGUUCAUCUAAGGACCUGGCAAAACAAGAACAUCUCAAUGACAAUAUAGUAUGCAGCAAAGGACAGUAUAAAGAUCCUGACUUUUACUGAUUCACAUGUGGGCAGAGCCAGCUUAGGAUCUAUAUAUAGAUAUAGCUAAUGAUGCCAGGCUGAAAUUAUUGGGAGGUGAGUGCUCUCAGGAUGGCUGACUCUCAGGACUUCUCUGCUGCAUCAGCUACAGUUGUUGUGGGACACCAGGUUGUGCAGGAUGGAGCUUCUCACAAUUCUAGAGGACUGCAUGUUCCUGAAUGGGGUGUGGAAGAGUUAGUCAAUGGGAGAUGUUCAGAGGACAGUCCACAAUCUGGGAGAAGCAGCAGAGACCACUCAGGGGAAAGGAGUGUGAGAACUACUGGGAUUAUGAAGGAUGGAUCACGUCAAAGACAGAAGAAGACAGUUUCCUUCAGUACAAUGCCCAACAAUCGAAAGAUCAACAGCACAGCUGCCUGCAUCUCCUUCAUGAUGGAAGGCUGUGAGAUGAAGAAAGUACGCUCCAAUUCAAGGAUGUAUAAUCGAUUCUUUCUCUUGGACCCAGACAUGCACUUCCUUCGAUGGGAGCCCUCCAAGAAAGACUCUGAGAAAGCCAAAUUGGAGAUUAAGGCAAUUAGGGAGGUCAGGGUUGGGAAAAAGACACCUGUUUUGAGAAGCAAUGGGUUAGCUGACACAUUCCCAGAGGAAUGUGCUUUCUCUAUAAUCUAUGGGGAGAACUAUGAGUCAUUGGACCUUGUAGCUAGCUCUGCUGAUAUUGUCAACACUUGGGUAAUGGGACUCAGGUACUUAGUUUCUUAUGGAAAGCACACUCCAAAUGUUCAAGGAACCAGCCAAACAAGCUUACGAACUCUAUGGAUCUCAUCUGUAUUUGAGAUUGCAGAUAUAGACAAUGAAGGUCAGAUACCAGUGUCUAGAGCCAUACAACUUAUUAAGGGGCUUAACCCUGGCAUGAAGACCUCAACUGUGGAACUAAAGUUUAAGGAGGUACAAAAGAUCAGCGAGAAAUAUGGAAGCUUUAUUACAUGUGAUGUGUUUGUGGAAGCUUAUUGUGAGCUGUGUACCAGGCCUGAGGUCUUCUUUCUUUUAGUACAAUUUUCUAGCAAUAAAGAGUACUUAGACAUGAAAGACUUAAUGAUUUUUAUGGAGGUGGAGCAAGGAAUGGAAGAAGUGAAUGAACACACAUCACUGGAAAUCAUUAAUAAGUAUGAACCUUCAAAAGAAGGAAGAGAAAGAGGUUACCUAACAAUUGAUGGGUUUACACGUUACCUUCUCUCUUCUGACUGCCAUAUCUUUGACCCCCACCAUAAGGAGGUCUGCCAGGACAUGACCAGGCCAUUGUCUCACUACUACAUAAAUUCUGCUCAUAGCGCAUGUCAGCUAGAGGACCACUACUGGGGCACAUCAGAUAUUAGUGGGUACAUUCAUGCUUUGAAGAUGGGAUGUCGGAGUAUUGAAUUAGUCGUUUGGGAUGGUCCAGACAAUGAACCCCUUAUCUACCUUGGCCUAUCUAUGUUAUCACAGGUGACCUUUCGUAGUGUGAUUAGUGUAAUUGAUAAAUAUGCAUUUGAAACAUCGGAGUACCCUUUGAUUCUUUGCCUGGUAGUUCACUGUUCUGUCCGGCAACAACACCAAAUUGUGCAGUGUUUAAAGAAAAUUCUUGGAGACAAACUGUACAAAGAUCCACCUAAUGCUGAGGAAAUCUACCUGCCAUCCCCAGAACAGCUUAAAGGGAAGAUACUCAUAAAAGGCAAGAAACUACCCCAUGAUCUAUAUGAUUCUGAGGGGGAUGUAACAGAUGAAGAUGAAGGCAUGGAAAUAGCUAGAAGACUGGGGCAUGAUGGCAGUGAACAUCUCAGUGAAGGGGGGCACAGAAAGCUACGCUUAUGCAAAGCACUCUCUGACCUGGUGAACCUGUGCCAGUCUGUGAAAUUCAUGGAUUUUGAGACAUCCAAGAGGAGCCAGAAGUAUUGGCAGGUGUGCUCAUUUAAUGAGGUGAUGGCUAGUCGCUUUGCUAAUGAAAACCCUGAGGAAUUUGUAAAGUAUAACAAAAAGUUCCUUUCUAGGGUAUAUCCUAGCUCAAUGCGGAUAGAUGCCAGCAAUAUGAACCCUCAGGACUUUUGGAAGUGUGGCUGUCAAAUAGUUGCAAUGAACUACCAGACUCCUGGUCUAAUGAUGGACCUCAACAAUGGUUGGUUUAGACAAAAUGGAAACUGUGGCUAUGUCCUCCGCCCUUCCAUUAUGAGGGAAGAAGUGUCUUAUUUCAGUGCCAAUGCUAAGGACUCUUUACCGGGUGUGUCAGCUCAACUACUCCACAUAAAGAUUAUCAGUGGGCAGAACCUCCCAAAACCCAAAGGAUCAGGUGCUAAAGGAGAUGUGGUGGAGCCCUAUGUCUAUGUGGAGACUCAUGGCAUCCCUGCAGAUUGUGCAGAACACAGGACUAAAACAGUAACCCAGAAUGGAGACAAUCCGAUAUUUGAUGAGAGCUUUGAGUUCCACAUCAACCUUCCAGAGUUGGCCAUACUGCGCUUUGUGGUAUUAGACGAUGACUAUAUUGGUGAUGAGUUUAUAGCACAAUACACAAUUCCUUUUGAGUGUUUGCAAACUGGCUUUAGGCAUGUCCCCUUGCAGUCUCUGACAGGAGAGUUCCUGCCGAACACCACUCUGUUUGUUCACAUUGCUAUCACCAACAGGCGUGGUGGUGGGAAGGUGCACAAAAGAGGUAUCUAUGUACGUAAAGGGAAAAAAGUUCGGGAAUACACUUCAACCAAGACUAUAGGCAUCAAAGCUAUUGAUGAGGUGUUUAGGACAGCGACACAGCCUCUACGUGAAGCCACUGACCUUCGGGAAAACGUACAGAACGCUCUAGUUUCUUUUAAGGAGCUGUGCGGUCUGACUCCGACAGCAAACAUGAAGCAGUGUAUACUUACUCUGUCAGCCUGGCUGCUGAACAGCGACAACCCUCUUACUGUGACACUCAAUCUGUCCUCGCAAUACCCAGCCCUAGAAGCGCAGGGCCCUGUGCCUGAACUCCUGAAGAAGGUUCUGACAUCUUAUGAAGCGUUCAUACAAGCCAGUCGGACAUUAAUCGAAACUUCAGAUGCAGUUUACAGCAAAAUAAUUCAGGUGCAGAAAGCUGGAAUGGGGUUUCAUGAAGACCUUCAUCGGAUCGGUGCCAAAGAGGGAUUAAAGGGAAGAAAGCUCCAGAAAGCCAUGGAGAGCUUUGCCUGGAAUAUCACUGUACUUAAGGGACAAGCUGACCUCCUCAAACAUGCCAAGAAUGAAGCUGUGGACCAUGUGCGACAGAUACACCAUGCCGGACAGUCCAGCGGUAUUAGCCGCUCCAGCUCCCCCUCCCCUGAUGUUUACAGGACACGUGGGACUCUAGAGCACAUCACUGAGGCAGAUAGUGGGAGCAGUACAACCUCGUGAAGAUGCUACAACUUAUGAACUGAACUUCACCCCUUGUCUGCAUGAUAAAACCAUGGCUCGUUUUAGGAACUCCCAACCUAUCACUGUAUUAGCUGGGUGUCAUGUGACACAAUUGUGGGACUAUUUAUUUGUUUGAAUGAGAGAGUGGAAGACAUAAAUCAUUAGUUUUUACACAUUCACAGACCAGCCUCGCUCCCAUGCCCUACUCAUACCCUCUCUGGAAGUAAGUUUCUUCGGGUGUGGGAAGGGAGGAGUAUUUUGCUACCUCUGUUUAUUGUCUCAGCCUGUUCCCUCUCUAACUGCAUUGUAUGAAGUCACAAGUGGUUUGAAUAUUGUCAAAUUUCAAUAAUAAAGAGGAUAACUGAAUGCUGAAUGAGGGACAUUUUAUUAAAGAAAUCAUUAUAUUCAUUAUAGAAGCACAGACAGAUGGCAUUGUUAGACCACGUUCAAACACAUGUGGUUAAUAAAACAUAUUUUAUCUUGUA